UACUGUGAAAUAUAUACACUGAUAAAGCUGUUUAACUGCAGUAAAAACCUGGAAAAAUCACCAAGGAUGAGGUCCUGUGCCAAAUCAAUGCUUCCUUCUCAGCGGCUGUUCCUGGCAUAUGUGUUAAUGGUGUGCUGUAAAUUGUUGUCCGCGACUAGCCACCAUCCCCGGGGGCACCCAGGCCACCACCAAGUGAAGCAAGGGACCUGCGAAGUGGUCGCCGUGCAUCGGUGUUGCAACAAGAACAGGAUCGAAGAGCGGUCGCAGACGGUCAAGUGCUCCUGCUUCCCGGGGCAAGUCGCUGGCACAACAAGAGCACAGCCCUCCUGCGUUGAAGCCGUCAUUGUUGUCCAGAAAUGGUGGUGUCAAAUGAACCCUUGUCUGGAUGGAGAAGAAUGUAAAGUACUUCCAGAUUACUCAGGUGACACGGUAGCAAAAUGUAAACAUGUGCCAAAGCUGGAACAAUGGGAUUUACAACUGCAUUGCCUGACUGUAGCACAGAGACGUUCAUUUUGUGAGAAUACUAUCAAGUUUGGACUGUCAGCUUUUCAAAUUAGCUGGCCAGAACUAGAACAGUGCUCCUUUUUAACGAUGACAGCAUUCCUCAAACUACAACUUUCUUACGAAGAACUGUAUACAUUUUAA